CUUUCUGCCCAACAGAAACAGCAAACCGUUUCGCUAUUUCUUUGCCCCGCCGCCAUCCCCCCUGGCUCGAGCUCCCACGCGACCUCGACGGCUGCUGCUGCUCGCCGCCCACGCCGUCCAGAAGCUGCUCGCCGCCCUCGACUGAGAACUGAACCACGCCGACGCCUCUGCCCGUGGGUACUGCUGGACUUCGACCGCGUCGCCACGCCUGCACCGACUCGCUGCCGGCCUGCCGCGACCUUCAGCGGCCAAAAAAGCCGCACGAAUCCCCCCUCAUCCAUCUCUUUCCGCCGCAGCUGAGUUGAUGGAACCCAACGCCGACAAGCUACGUGGUCUUCGCAUCACCUCCCUGGAUGAUGAAGACGAUGAUGAGACAGAACUGCCCAACCAACCUCUGCCCGCCUCCACCAUGGACGUGGCUGCGGCCGCCUCGGGCUAUGAUGACGAUGACGAGGACGAGGACGAAGAUGAAGAAGCAGAAGUCAUGCUUGGUUUCCUGGAGAAGCCGAAGCAUCCAGGCCUCCUCCUCCGCCACCUCUUUCCCAGCAAGGCCGGAGGCAUCCCGGCAUGGUUGGAUCCCGUGAACUUGCCCUCGGGGAACUCCAGAUGCUGUGGCUUCUGCGGCGAGCCCCUGCACUUCGUCCUCCAGAUUUAUGCUCCGAUUGAGAGCAAUGCAGCAGCAUUCCACCGCACUCUGUUCAUGUUCAUGUGCCCGUCGAUGGCGUGCUUGCACCGAGACCAGCACGAACAGUGGACACGUAACCAAGGCAAUCCUCGUAGAAGUGUGAGGGUUUUCCGGUGCCAGCUGCCUCGUACCAACGCGUUCUACUCAAGUGAACCUCCAAGUCACAAUAACUCCGACAAGCCACUAUGUGCCGGAGAAAAGCUUCGUACUGUCAAUGUGCUGACUGCUGAGACUAAAUUUGAUGGGGCUGCUCUCUGUCAUUGGUGUGGUACAUGGAAAGGGGAUAAAAUAUGUGGUAGCUGCAAGAAAUCACGUUACUGUUCUGAGAAACAUCAGGCACUGCACUGGCGCUCUGGUCAUAAAAUUGAUUGCCUACAGAUAAUCAAUUCUUCUGAAGCUUCAAGUUCUGUGCUGCCAGCUGUAGGAAAAGUUCCUGCUAGGAGUUCUUGGCCGGAAUAUCAGAUAGCAAUUGACGAUGAAGUUGAUUUGGAUUCUGAUAGUUGUGAUGAAAACAGCUCAAAGUCCUUGGUGAUCCAAAAGCAUGGUAAACCAGAUGAUACAAUGCAGUCAUGGAUGGAUCAAUUUGAGGCUGAUGCUGACAACCGAUGCUGGGCAUAUUUUCAAGAGCGUAUCACAAGAGGGCCAAAGCAAGUAUUGAGAUACUGUCGAGAUCCAAAUGCAAAACCUCUGUGGGCUUUAUCAGCUGGGCGUCCAUCAAAUGCUGAUAUCCCUAAAUGUAGCUACUGUAAAGGUCCGCUGUGCUAUGAAUUUCAGAUAAUGCCACAAUUGCUUUAUUACUUUGGUGUGAGAAACGAACCAGACUCUCUUGAUUGGGCAACAGUUGUUGUGUACACAUGUCAAGGAUCAUGUGAUGAAAGUAUUAGCUACAUGGAAGAAUUUGCAUGGGUUCAGUUAUAUCCUACGUCAAUCACAAGGCCGUAGUAAUGUUCGCGUGUUCCACAGAGUAGCGUCUGCUGCUGCAGGGGAGUUGGAACUUGAAAGUGAUGGUCUACCUUGCAUUUCAACCCGAAGACAAGCGAUUAAUUCAAAAGAAUAAAAAAUGAAGACAGGCGUUCCAAGCCAGAUAGAUUUUUUUUAGAUGUCAACUUCAAUGCAGUGCCAUGGUCUGGUCCCAAUUAGCUCGCUCGUGCUUGGUCUACUAUUUAGCCACUGGGGCCAUCUACAGAGCAUUUGAUGUGAAAUAGCUGUGGUCGCCAACAUUGCCGGUUCAGUGGGCAUCUUUAUUUCGUUAGGAUUAUCCGUCUCUUUAUAUGAGCCACCUUGGACGGUUUUUUGGAUUGCUCAUUAGGGUUCUGGUAUAUCUCGUUGGUUUGUUAUUUGAGGCCUCUUGCAUUUUUUGCUUUCGGCAUUGACCCUUCUUUUAGGAGUUGAAAUUUUGAAUGCUA